ACUUCAGUAAUUUCAAUGGUUGAUAAGUUAUUAUGGUGGUCACAUGUAGGUCAUAGAAACUUCAUCAAGAUGUGUGACGAUGUCAACAGAAACCCCUUUGCUGGUUUGUUCUCGACAAUUAACGAUGCCUUGUCGUUUUCAUCACAAAGUCUUGACAUCGGUAGCCAGAAUAAUCUCAAUUGCGAUGCUGCAUUGCCAGAACAGAACUUUAAAGAGAAAAGCAAUGAUCAAAAUUACGAGAAUUUAAACUUGGAAGCUGGCAGUCAGGAUGAACUGGUUGAUAAACUAGUAGCAGAUGUCUUUGGAUUAAGACUAAGUUUGGAUGCAAAGGUUAGCGAACAGCUGGUAUAUUUGGAUUCAAGUUCGAUUGAACGUGCAGUAUUUGAAAGACUCAUGCUGCGCGACCCAGAAUCUAAACUUGUUCCUAAAAAUGGUAAGAAAGGAGUUGCAAUCGACAGUCAUGUUGUAGAAACACAGGUCAUACCAUAUCUUUUCGAAUGUCAUUGCCGUUUGCAAAGGUAUAAAACUAAUACCAAGUUGGUACAAACAGUAGAUGACAUUUCUCGCAUUAUCUUGCGAAAUGUUGGAACUACAUUGCAAGAACCUGAUUUAUUUCCUGGUCAAAAAGUUCAUGGACAGCUAGUUGAAUUAUUGAUAGAAGACGAUUUGAGAAAUCAAAAAUUAUAUACAUUCAUUGCUGGUGUACUAACAGAGUUGGAUGCAGAAAAUAACGAGGCAGAACAAGAUGUUAUUGAUGCAGCAUUUCGACCUGUGCUUGACAUAAUACACAAGGAGGCAGCUCAGAGCAAUUUAAUGAUUCAAAAGUAUUGGUUUAAUUCAUUGCGGAUGUUUUCUUCAUUUGAAUCUUUGGCCAAGCUUAUGAUCAAUCACAGUACUCCAAAGAAUGAUUCUGGGAGGUCUUAUUCUAAUACACUAUUUGGUGCAUUGCUUAGCUUAAGCUGCCUUCCUAAAAGUGCUCGAGCACCAUUCUACUUCUUUCGUAAACCAUUACGGGAACCACGUGCUGCAGUAGAAGGAAAUAUCUGGAGUGCACUGGAUGCUAUCAGUGAAUCGCUUCAUAAAGUAUUCCAUUCGUUAUUAAAGUGUUCCGAUGAAGUACGUCACCUAACUCUACAAUGGAUUGGUAAUUGCCUUCAUGCAAAUGCUAGUCGAGGAAAGUUAUCAAAUUUUCAUGAUGGCAGUGGCAUUAGUGGUAGUGCCGUUAAUUCUGUAUCCGAUGGAUUCAUGUUGAAUCUAGGAAGUGUUUUAUUGAGAUUGUGUCAACCUUUCUGUGGAAGACCAAAUGAUACUAAAGUUCUGAUGAUUGAUCCCACUUAUUGUGCUGCAGAGGCAAAGGAUGAAAACGAAAGUCGUAUUCGUGGCUUGCAUAUGAAAGGGUUGACAUCCCAAACCUGCCUUAUUCCUACACCAGAAGGCGAAACAAGACCGGUUGCGGAGUCUUACAAAUUCGUCACAGAAUGCUUUUAUUUAACCCAUCGGGCUUUGGAUUUAGGAUACCGAGUUGUCUUAGAAAAAUUCGUAAAAUCAACUCAAGAUCUAGGAAGGUUACAACGAGUUUAUCAUGAAGCGCAAGUUGACGAAAGCCAGACAGUAUUGGAAAUAUUCAGCCAGAGAGUGGAAAUGGAGAUAACCAAAUAUCUAUCUUUUAGAGCUAGUUUAUUAGCUCCAGAUAUGUUGAAUCUCUUGGCCAAGUUCCACGCAGCUACUGCGUGUUGGUUACUGCAAGUUAACUUAAAUGAUUUCAAUGAACAGGAAACUGAUCAAAGCAGUUAUGUCCCGAAAGAAUUGAAACCGGUCACAUUCCCUUUACCAGAUACCGUUCCAAAAACUUUAAGGUGCAUUCCUGAAUUUGUCGUGGAAAACACUGUUGGCUUCUUGUACUUCCUACGUAUAAUGAAUCCUAACGUUUUCGAAGAACAUGGGCCUGAUUUCCUCAAUCCAAUUCUUACAGAGAUUAUAACGCUUAUGGAAUCUCCGAAACGAUUGUACAAUCCUCAUUUGCGGGCGAGAUUGGCUGAAGGAUUAGAAGCCUUGCUGCCAUUAUCCGAAGAAGGAGGAAAUCAAAUUGCCCCCACUCUUGGAACAUUCCAUCGGCAACAAUUGUUUUUGACCCAUCCACAUCGGCACCAGAUUGUAUCAAAUUUGCUUCAAGUAUUUGUAAGUAUAGAGAUGACAGGGCAGAGUGUGCAAUUUGAGCAAAAGUUUAACUACCGGAGGCCUAUGUAUAUUGUCAUGAAUUAUUUGUGGAAGAUCCCCGAACAUCGAAAUCUCUUUAAGGAGCUUGCUGAGGAGGCUGAAGCAAAUAUGGAAGCAGUAGAGCCACCAUUAUAUCUUCGAUUCAUCAAUCUACUAAUGAAUGAUGCUGUAUUUCUUCUCGAUGAGGCACUUUCAAACAUGGCUCAGUUAAAGCAACUGCUUCAUGCAAGGGAAAGCGGUGAAUGGAAUAACUUACAACGGAAUGAACAGACUAGUCAUCUUCAGUACAUUGCCAUGAUUGCCAGAUUUAAUAAUAUUCUUGGUAGAGAGACGAUAAAUACCUUGAAAGUACACACAACUGAGAUAAAGUCGAUAUUUUGCCAUCCUACAAUGGUGGAUCGCAUUGCUUCAAUGCUUAAUUACCUGCUGUUGCAAUUAGUUGGACCUAACAACAAGAAUCUAAAGGUUAAGGACCAAAAGGAAUAUGACUUCAAUCCAGCAAAUUUAGUAUUAAACAUCUGUGAGAUAUACAUUAAUCUUAGCUACAGCGAUACUUUUACUCUAGCUGUUUCUCAAGAUGGUCGAUCAUACAGACCAGAGUUGUUUAAAUUGGCUGAAAAUGUGCUGGUUCGCAUCGGUGGUGUGGGCAUACUUGGUGACCUAGAUCAGUUCGCUAAAAAGGUAGAACAAGCAGCUAACCAGAAGAGAGAAGAAGAUGAAAUUCUUAACGGGGCCCCAGAAGAAUUUCUUGAUCCUAUUAUGUCAACACUUAUGACGGAUCCUGUGAUCCUACCAUCCACCAAGAUAACAGUUGAUCGCCAAACCAUAGCUAGACACCUGCUAAGUGAUCAGACUGAUCCAUUCAAUCGGUCCCCACUUACAAUGGACAUGGUUAAGUCGAACAUUGAUCUGCGAAAUAAAAUUCAAGAAUGGGUGACACAAAAGAAGCAAGAGAGAAUGCCAAACUGUAGUACAGCAGAAACUAAUGAGGAUGGUGACUAAUUCUCUCAAUGCUCGGUGACCUGUUGCCCCUUUCCGCAGAACUUGGCGAGUUCGUCGAUCCCUUCGUCUUGAAUAACGGUCGAGUCGACGUCGAAGGAAACCGCGUCUGCGGAACUCCAGAUCGCCUUCGUCUCCGCCAGGUUCUUCAUUGUGCCGGUUUGGAAGGAUCUGUCGACCGAAAACGAGAAAUAAUCAGGAGAGAACGACGCUGGCCCCAAUCGUCGCGGAAAGUUCCCAGGAAUCGAACGAUCCAAAUGAUCGAGCGCCGGAAACAUAGUGAGACCCCCCGGAGAGUGUUCGAAUCUUAUUAACGCCGACCGUGGGGCCUUCAUCCAUGUAUUAACGCGUACGUUCAAACGCGUACUCUCGCGGAAUAAGCACGUGUAUACGCAAGCCCGAGUCGAUAAAACACUUGACUCUCGUAAACACGUAAUCGUCACGUGUUCUUGCAAUAUCAUACUUUAUCGGGUAAUUUGUAAGCCUAUUGCCUCCACGGGCGAAUCCAUGGUUCGAUUCUUUUUCCGAGGAGAGCGAUAAAGACGAUAAGUGGUAGGUCAGUGAAUCGGUAUGCAAACGACGUGUCUAAGUGAAUCGAAACGAGCGAAAAUUUAUUAUGUUCUUACAAACAUUUAUGGGUUCUUUCCCUUCGAGCGAAUUCACGUUAAUUUACACUGUUUGCGGCACCAGGGUAUGGAAUAAAAAAAAACUCAAAACAAUAA